CAAAACCGUUUGAAUUUAAUUUUAAAAAGCGUUUUACACUAUUAAUAUAUAUCUGUGAUUAAAAGUACUUAUAAGUGAAAAAAAAUGAAUCCCUCAAGCAAUUUCACCACACCAAGACUGAAAAGGCAGAAAUCCGACUCGUCAACGAAUUCAGACAGCUUAAAAGAUCCAGUUCAUGUUUUUUUGCGAAUGAAACCUCUCAAUGGCAAUGUAGAUUCUGCUUGUAUGAAAUUAAUAUCGCCGGACACGUUGGUGUUGACGACACCCCCCGAUUCCAAAGGGACUCGAAGGGAACUGUCGUACAAGUUCAAGCAUGUCUUCACCUCGUAUUCGUACCAAAGGGAGAUAUUCGACCAUGUCGCUUAUCCCCUGCUGGAGGACUUGCUCAAGGGCAAAAAUGCCCUGUUGUUCACAUAUGGGGUGACCGGUUCUGGUAAAACAUACACCCUGACUGGUGAUGUUAAGAAUCCGGGAAUAAUGCCGAGAUGUAUCUAUACCUUGUUUAACACAAUACAGGACAGCCAAACGCCGAAAUUUGUAAUCAAGCCAGACAGGAUGAAUGGAUUUGAGGUGCAAUCAGAAAGCGAAGCCCUACAGGACCAUAUCAAGUCAAACAGAACAAAUAAAGGAUAUAAAGGUAAACAGUCAGAAAAAGUGAUUUAUGAGAAUGAUGGCGUUAAAGUCCCAGUCUUGAAUGAAGGAAGUCAGUUUGCAGUUUUCGUGAGCUAUGUUGAAAUCUACAACAACACAGUGUAUGACCUCUUGGACGACACAAGAGGAAAGUCCCUGCAAUCGAAAAUACUUCGCGAAGACUGCAACAAAAACAUGUACGUGAAUGGGGUAAUUGAAAUAGAAGUAAAAUCGGCGGAGGAGGCCUUUGAUGUGUUUAACACUGGGCAAAAUAGGAAGAGAAUGGGUGACACAGCCUUGAACGCUGUUUCUAGCCGCAGCCAUUCGAUUUUCAAUAUAAGGGUUGUGCAAAUAGAGCAACAAACAAUAAAUCACAAUGGGGAACCCAUGAUUCCUGAAGGGAAUCACAUGCAGGUGUCCCAGUUGAGUUUGGUAGAUUUGGCUGGCUCUGAGAGGACCAACAGGACUCAAAACACUGGAACAAGGCUAAAAGAGGCCAGCAGCAUUAACAACUCGCUCAUGGCGUUAAGAAAUUGCAUAGACAUUUUAAGGGAGAAUCAAAUGAAGAAGAGCAAUAGACUGGUCCCCUACAGAGACAACAAACUGACGCUUCUAUUUAAAAACUAUUUUGAAGGAGAGGGAUCUGUCCAAAUGAUGAUUUGCAUAAACCCCACAGUUGAUGAUUUUGAAGAAAACCUGCAAGUUAUGAAGUUUGCUGAGAUUUCGCAGGACGUAAAAAUAGUCAGGUCUGAAAUUAAAAACACGCCGAUACGAAUGAAGCCGUCCGCACAGAAUGGAACCACUCCGAGAUCAGUUACUAAAACUAAAGAUGCCCCAAUUAGCAUGUUACCGUCCAUUCCAAGAAAAGAGUUCAAUAUAGAUGAUCCAGAGGCCUUUGGAGUACAAUUAAAUAGGAUUAUUGAGUGCCUAAGGGCUAGAAAGAAAAGGUCCAUACCUUUCGACAGAGAGAUAAGUCAGAAAGAAAAGGAGGUCAGGAGCAGGCUGGUGGAUUUGGAUAAGGACUCUAUACUGAGCAAAACCGAAAUAAAAAGUUUGAAGGCAGUCAUUCAAAAAGAGAGGUCUCAAAGCAAUAACUACAGAUGUAAGAUAACUGAUUUGGAAAACAAUAACGACUCAUUGUCAUCCAAACUUGCCACCAUGGAAAGCAAAAUACGCGAGCUACAGAACAAACUAAACGAAAAAGACCGACAAAUCAACAUUAACCACUUGGAAAAGGAAAAGCAGAAGCAAAAAUUGGAACUGCAGAGAGAGAAGCACACCCAGGAACUAGAUGCGAAGCUGAGACGACAACGUGAAUACAUGAACGCGAACACUAAAGCGAAGGACCAAAAGCUGAUGAAAAUAAAGGAGGUGAUCGACAGUGAAUUGGUGGUGACCCAAGACAUAACCGAAAUCGAGUCCCAGCCGAAUAAAAUCACGCACCUAAUCGAGAAACACAGGGAACGUGAAAAGGAGAAUCAAACUCCGCACAGGGGCAGAAACUUGGUCUCAACCUCGACGCCAGCCAACAAAAGACGAUCCAGAUCAGUGGGCGAAGUCUGGUUGGAACACAACGCUGUUAAGCCCGUGCCGUUGGGUACUGUUCUACAGCCCAGCAUGAAGAAGCGUAAGUCGGUUACCAAACUGAGCAAGGCUGAAGACGUCAUCAAUCCCAAACAAUCCAAGUACUGUCUAAUUGCCCAGGAAGCAGACACCGACGGCGAAAUGGAGACCAAGUUGUAUAAGGCUGAUAUUGUGCCGACUUGCGGUGGCGGAGCUCAGGUCGUUUUCAACGACGUCGAAUGUUUGCGACAGGAAUCGCCAAAUUAAACCCUAAGCUUAAAUACUGUAUAUACACAUUAUUUUUAAAGUAGUUUUAAAAUAUUUUUAAUAUAUUUUUAUGCUAAUAAAUGGAUAUUGGUUAUUUUAAAUUCGUUAUAAGUAAGUUUUUUUAAUAAAAGUCAACAAAUAAAACGUU